CGUGUAUCGGAAAUACGGCAGGACUGUCCCAGCAUAGCCGAAGUGACCCGACCGCGGGAGAUUCCAUACGCGAAGGCGCCCGGGCAUACGGUCACGAUACCGGGCCGCCAGCUUUUGCAGGCGAACCUGCGAAUCUGCGAACCUCCCGAAAGCUUCGCUGGUCCCAACAUCGUUUUUCCCUAUCAUCCUUCACCUCCAACCCCCCAACCCCCAAUUGUCCCCUCCCCUCUCCUCCGUUGCUUGUUUCCCGGGAGGUCUGGCCGUCUGCUUUCUCCCUUCUAUCCUCUGAACUUUUUCCUUUGCACUUUCUCCUCCUUUUAGCCAUGUUCCGGAGUCUUUUGCCGCGGUGCACGCCGCGGGCUGCCCUCCGCUCUGCCGGUCCCAAGGCCGUCCCCUCCAACCUCGUCGCUGCUCCUUCUCUCGCCGUCUUCGGACGCUCACAACGUGGAUAUGCCUCUGAAUCAGGUGAACACGAUCUUGUCAUCAUCGGUGGUGGUGUCGCUGGAUACGUUGCCGCGAUCAAGGCUGGCCAGGAAGGCCUGAAGACCGCAUGUAUCGAGAAGCGUGGCCGUCUCGGAGGUACUUGCCUCAACGUCGGCUGUAUCCCCUCGAAAUCUCUCCUCAACAACUCCCACCUGUACCACCAGAUUCUCCACGACACGAAAAAGCGCGGUAUCGAGGUCGGUGAUGUCAAGCUCAACCUGGAGCAGAUGAUGAAGGCCAAGGACACCUCCAUCGAGGGCCUGACCAAGGGUAUCGAGUUCCUCCUCAAGAAGAACGGUGUCGACUACGUCAAGGGUACCGGUGCCUUCGUUGACCCCAACACCGUCAAGGUCAACCUCCUCGACGGUGGUGAGCAGACCCUGCGCGCCAAGAACAUCCUCAUUGCCACCGGUAGUGAGGCCACUCCCUUCCCCGGCCUGAACAUCGACGAGAAGAGAAUCAUCACCAGCACCGGUGCUCUCUCCCUCGCCGAGGUCCCCAAGAAGAUGAUCGUCAUCGGUGGUGGUAUCAUUGGUCUGGAGAUGGCUUCCGUCUGGUCCCGUCUCGGUGCCGAGGUCACCGUUGUUGAGUUCCUCGGCCAGAUCGGUGGUCCCGGCAUGGACGCCGACAUCGCCAAGCAGGCGCAGAAGAUCCUCGCCAAGCAGGGCAUCAAGUUCAAGGUCGGCACCAAGGUCGUCAAGGGUGACGACAGCGGAGCCACCGUCUCCUUGAACGUGGAGGCCGCCAAGGGCGGCAAGGAGGAGACCCUGGACGCGGACGUCGUCCUGGUCGCGAUCGGCCGUCGCCCCUACACCGAGGGCCUUGGCCUGGAGAAGGUCGGCGUCGAGAAGGACGAGCGCGGCCGUCUGGUCAUCGACCAGGAGUACCGCACCAAGGUCCCCCACAUCCGCGUGAUCGGUGACUGCACCUUCGGCCCCAUGCUCGCCCACAAGGCCGAGGAGGAGGCCGUCGCCGCCGUCGAGUACAUCAAGAAGGGCUACGGCCACGUCAACUACGCCUGCAUCCCCAGCGUCAUGUACACCCACCCCGAAGUCGCGUGGGUCGGCCAGAACGAGCAGGAAGUCAAGGCUGCCGGCAUCAAGUACCGCAUCGGAACCUUCCCCUUCAGCGCCAACUCCCGUGCCAAGACCAACCUCGACACCGAGGGCCAGGUCAAGUUCAUCGCUGACGCCGAGACCGACCGCAUCCUCGGUGUCCACAUCAUCGGCGCCAACGCCGGUGAGAUGAUCGCUGAGGCCACCCUCGCUGUCGAGUACGGUGCCUCUUGCGAGGACAUCGCCCGUACUUGCCACGCUCACCCUACCCUCGCCGAGGCUUUCAAGGAGGCUGCCAUGGCUACCUACUCCAAGGCUAUCCACUUCUAAACUGCUUCCUCCUAUUAAACCCUCCUGACAUGAUCCGCGCUCCGACAUCCUGUACCUUUUUUUUCUCCCUCUACCUACCACUACCACCACUAGUCAGAGUCUUAGUCUAAUCCGGCUAGCAAAUCCCGUGUAGCAUUGACAUAUUAUAUUUCCUAUGUUGAGUCGUGCAGUUGUUGAUUGCGGUGUAGUUUUCAAUGGAGAUUUACGAAUCAAUAAAACUACAUGUCUACCCAC